CAACGGCAUUCUAUAUAAGAGCAAGCUGGAAUUAACAGUGCGGGGAACUCCCUUCAGUCAUCGAAAUGUGAUACCUCAGCCUUUAUCUCAGUAAAAUCUUAUGGCGUAAGUAGAAUGCAUUUUCGGGCUGUUUUGAUGCUAUAGUUCGCGAUGCAGAGUCUCCUUCGACCUCAGACGUACCCGUAUGCGAGCUCUUCAACGGGGCCAUAUCGGGGACUUUUAGUUCGCAAGUAUCCUUGUUGGGAUGCGCAAGGCUCUGUGAGAGACACCUUCACGAAUGAGAUCGCGGGAAAGAUUAAGGAGUGUCUGGAACAAUGUCUCCCGGAAUCUAACUCUUUCGUCGGGUUUUCGCUCUUCAUGGUCGGGAAAGUUCCAGAGAAAACUAAGCCCACUAUAAUGAUCGUAUCGGAUGAUAAAGUCCGCAGGAAGGCGGCUUUCCAGAUGGUCAAGACAAAGAAGAUCCUAUCCAAGUAUCCGGGCUUCGAGUUGGGACAUUGUUCCGUUGCAGCCGAAUUCAAGGAUCUCAAACCACUCGGGACGGAUACUAGCCCGUCAGCGUCUAUCCUAGAAUCUACCGAGGAUGAUGGUGGUCUCCAAUACAUAGGAGAUGAAUAUGGUGCUGGACCGGAAGUGCUAAGCUUGCUCUCAGCAGAGGUGUGUGCCUUCGAGUAUCCGAACGGCAUAAAACCUACCCGGCUCUACUUCCACACAUCACCACACUUGCACUCGCAUUGCUUGGCCUCUGCCACCUGUGGUGGGCUGUUCAGGUUUGAGGGUGACAUAUACGCUCUUACGAUGGCUCAUGCUAUCAAGCCGAAUCAUUGUGCCAACACGAGCCCCCAGCAAUGGGAAGCUCAGACCGACUCAUCAAGCGACUCGGAUGAUUUUGAGAUCACUGGGAUGGAUGAUUGGGAUGACGAGGAAGAUGGUUCAGACAACAGGACCUUAACGGCUAUCACAAGUCCAGGGAGCAAAACUCCCUCAGAGUUGUCCGACUCUGAGGAAAGCUUGCUGAGUUUGCUUAAACGCCACGACUCACAACGCUCAUCUGAUAUGAGUACCCGAACACGCAUCACUAGCGCACCGUCUGUUAUUCUUGAAGAUGAUGCUGCUGUUGAUGCAUGUGAGUGCAAUGAGCUUGAGUGCGAGGAUGAAUUACCUCUAGAUUGCGUGCGGAUCGGCACCGUGGUUGCUGUUGACCUUGAAAUGGAUAUUGCCGUGGUUAAAGUGGACGCAGAGACCUAUGGAAAGGCCGACCCUUUAACACAUUCGAUUUCGGAUGCGCUCAACCGCGAUUUCAUCCACGAUUUCUUCAACGAUGACCUAACCAACACGUCUACUACGGUGGAAACUAUGCACCAAUGGGAGAUCAAGGGGCAACGCUCCCAGGUGCCCUUUUUUGGCCGACUUCCUGGGACGAGCAAUUUCUUAGAGUUACACAGCGUACGACUAAGUACAUCGCUUCGCCCCGGUGAUAGCGGUAGUUGGGCAUACGAUGGUCAGGGGGCAUGGGCUGGUUUCGUUGUAGCUGGAAAUCCGAACUCCGUGUCAUGUUUGUUGCUUCCUGCUAGGCCGGCUUUACAGUCAAUGCUUUCGCUACUGCGCAGACGAGUGCUUGCCGAAGCGCCGCUCCAUUCCGACAUGUCAGAACGACAACUAGCUCGGAACCUACAGCGCAAUUUUGAUAGUAGCAGAAGUCCUAGCCCUGACUCCAAACCGGUUCCCGGCAAAGGGGAUAUCGGCAAAGCACUCUAUGAUUUUUUAGCCCCUCUCAGACAUAAGGCAGAUGAUGAUACGAAGACUGUUGCGAGCAGUUUACCUCCCCCUAGUGUGUUUAGCCAGCGCAUGGACCGUGGCACACCAUCUACGACAACGUACUCUGUUGCAACGUCGUAUGAGAACAGACAUCCUGUCCAAGAAAGUCCGUUUCAAUAUGGCGCGUCAACGGACCCAACUUCUGUAAGCAAAAGCGAUUUCAUGCAGGGUCAAGUAGCUCAACUACGACGAGAACUCGAAAGGGCAUGGGAGAUCAUACAGGAGAAAGACAAGCGUCUAUAUCAGUACAUCACAGACCACACAAAGAAUGACACAUCGGCCGCGAGGAACGAUCUUUUCCUUGUCCAUCAAGAUGAUCUCGCAUCUACAUCACAGCUCUCUAGCCAAGACCCGGCACAGACACAGCAACAAUCAAGUCCUUCAGGUGAAUCACCUCCUCAACUUACCUUCGUGCCGGAGAAACCCCACGCAGAAACUCCCCAGACGCCGGUAGAUAUCGAAGCGGCGCGACUGAAGAAGUUCAAAGCAUUGCAGACUGAGCUGGAGACUAAUCACGCCGUUAUGAAAGAGCUGAGGACGUCGUGGCAGAGACAAGUAGAUGCAAAUGAAGCACUGCACCGGGAAAACAGAGAGUUGAAAGGGGCCAUGUCGCGCGCGAUAGCAGCAAUUGAGCAUAUGCAAAUUGAUGGGGGAGAUUCUGGAGGAUUACCGAUUCUUGGUUCUGACUUGCGACACGCGCUUUUCAAAUACACCCCCUCAGGAUCCGCUGCUACCACGAUCAAAGGCAAGACGGAGCCUGGCAAAACCAGCCUUAAGGAUACCUUAUCCUCGGAAGAGCUUAGCAGGAGGAUGAAAGAGCGCAUCACCCGCGACAGUCGGAGAGCUCGGAGAAUGGAACGGCUUGAGAACCCUACAACAAGCUCGACGAGGCCGAGCGUCACGUUUCCAGCGAGCAGAAAAGGAAUCGAGAGCGUGCCGGAACUAGACGAGCCCGAUUCCGAAGCAGAUGAUGCGCCUGUCUACCAGGAAGGCAGCUCUGAGAAGGCAAUCAUAGAGAGAAUGCCUUGGAGAGGACCAGUCAAGUCUAAAUUCGGCAAAUGGGCCUUCUCCUAGAAUUUCGCCUAGGUCCUGCGUGGAAAGGCACAAUUAAGAUAACAGGGGGGACAAUGGGAGUUAGAAGCAGACCCCAUCAUUCAUCCCCAU